AUGACAAGAAACACUAUACACGGUGACUUCUUGCACAGUGAACGAAAAUUUGCGUAUUCGCUUUGCGUACUGAAAUUCAGCUCGAUUUUUGUUCUUGAAAUCUUCAAUGUAACGGGUCUUCCCGUUCGAACCGCCAACGAAAUUCGCAAACAUUCGCAUAUUCGCCAAACGUGCCGAUCCCGACGAAAUAGAAUAUACUUGUCCUCAGUUGGCGCAGCGAUCAUGUCACGAGAGGUGGUUCCGCGCGUGUUCCGUUUAUUAAUCUUCUUCCUCGUUACGUUUUCCAGAGCAAGUUCGCACGUGCUGUCGGACGAGUGUUUGGAAUUCGACAUCGCCGAGCUGGAGGAUUAUUUGUCAAAGUACAAUUUGGAAAAUGUACCGACGAUCGAUAUGAUGAUCGGCGGGUUCAAAUGUCCGGUCACAGCUUUGCCCUUUGGCGCUUUGAAAUCGGACUGGGCAAGGCUGCUGCUUCUGCAAAGAGCGCAACCAAAGGAAUCAAUUUUCCUAGAGAAACUGGGUCGUCUUUUCAGAAUUUUAGCGAUUGCUUAUUUCCGAAUGGAAGAACGUUUCGAUUUUACCAAACCUGGAUCUCCCAGUGCAGGCAGCGUAAUUACAUCGUCUACGCACAAAAGCACUACCAACGAUUCACGGAACGAAACAAAGAAACUCGAUAUCUCGACAACCGAUUCAAGGGAAACUGAUGAAGCUCCGGCCAGUUUUGCUACGAGUACCUUCGUUUUUAAUAGCGAAGAAUCCACUGGCGCUGUCAAAAUUGAACGAACCACUUUUACCAGCUCGAAUGUAACGAUGGGAGAGAAGCAGCACGAUUUUGAUACGAUACUCGAUAUUUCUUCCACCACCGUCGCAUUUUCACCUGUUGAUAACUGGACAGUGCUUCACCCGAGCAAAGAAGUCGAUGAAAGGAAAACGGUGACGGCUUUCACAAAUAUUACGACUUUCUCAGACAUAAUCACCGGGAAAGCAAAAUACACGGUGAUAUCUACCUCGAGAACGAAUGAACCGACUGAAACGACCGAAGCCAUUAUUUUUAACAGCAGUCCAGACGAUUUUAUUCCUAUUUCCACAAAAGCCGAAUCGAGCGAAGAUAAAGAUGAUUCCGUUGUCGUUAAGAGCAUCGAAUUACAGCCAAUGUUAACGAGUCCAGUUUCAACUAGUACCAUUCCACUCGUCACAGCUUUUGCUGUUACCGAUAAUUCAAGAACAACGACAGAUCGCGAAAAGUCAGCGGAUAAAAAUGACCCAGAGAGAGGGACGAGGAAGUCGAUUAGCUCGAGCAAGUUCAACGGCAGAGGUGAUUUUCCUGUAUCGAAUAAUCAAGACGAUUCAGAUUUUAACUCGAUCGAAUCUGAAGAUAUAAAUAGCCUAGGGAUUUUCCACGUGAAGACUAGCACCGAAGGAAGUCGCGUUUAUUCGGAUAAAAUCUCUGCCAACGGGGUGGUUAGCUCUGCCGAAAGUUUUAAUGAAAGUCGCCCGAAUCAUCGGACAGACGCUGUUUCCCGAGUGCUCGAAAAGGUUCCAGGGAAUUCCUCGAAUUCUACGGGCCCUCGAAAUGAGUCGAAGACACCUUCGAUCCCCGGAAGACCCCCGUUGGACGAUGACUUUUGGAAAUACAUCGUAGCUUCGCGGAAAGUUACCUCGACUACUGCUAGGGCGAGACCUAGGCUAGCAUCGAAGACAGUGUCUGACAGAUCUAAAGAGAAUUCGAUUAAACCGAGGAAACGCGGGAGCUUGAACACCAACGUGGAGAAGAAUUUUCGAUGGUUCUACAAUUUCGGGUUCCAGAAUGAGGAACGGUCCAGCGACAAGCUGGUUGAUCGACCAGGUGCCUAUAUCGAGUGCAAUGGGAAGAGACAGAACGGAGAAUAAGCCUAUCGAAGGAUCACGUGGAUUUUUCCCAGAGAAACAAAAGCUCUUUGUACCUAAACGAAAAAGGAGUAAAGAAAAGGGAAGCUUUGUA